CCGCAGGACAGCUGGAGAAGAGAGAGAAACGUCGGAGGGAGAAACGGGGAGGAAGAAAGAAGAGACCUAGAAUGGAGAACUGAAUGAGCAGAGGAUUGCACAAAGGAUUACAGGGAAUGUUAAUGACAACGAGAGGACUGUUAGGAGGGUGAAAAGGAACGAGCAGUAAAGGAAUAUGAAGGGUUAUUCUUGUUUAUCCUGAGGAGCAGCACCACACCUGUCUUACAGAUCAGAAUGGGAAAUACAGACAGCCAGCACAGCAGCUUCAUCAUUCCUGGCAAGUCACGGCCGUGCUCGCUGAAGCUACACUCAUCCAAAGAGGAAGUCCUCUCCCCCCAUAGCUGGUGGAGGAACACAGGAGGAGUGUCGGCCUCUAAGACUCGUGGGUCCUCCAGAAACUGCUUGAACCAGCACAAAGGUAGCCAGCCAUAUGUCUCCUACCACUAUGACUACAUCGAGGCGCAGCAUCCUGGCUCUCCGCAGAACAACGAGUGGGACCAUGGGUCACUCCUGGCACGUGGGAAUUGUCGAUACACUCACACUUCAGUAAGAAGCUCUAACUCCGAAGUUCCUCAAAAAAAGAGCAGUCCCAAGGUGCUCUUGAGUGGGGAUGGAAGCUUGAGGGUGGAGUUCACCAAUGGGAGGAGAGGUCUGGACAAUGAGCUCUGCACUGCACCCAUGGACUCAACCUUGAGGGACAGCAAAGGUUCCUCGAUCAGUUCUGAGGAAUCCUGGUAUGACUCUCCAUGGGGUGCUGCCACAGAGCUCUGUGACAAUGUUUUCACUGCUAACCAGCCUUCGGAUGACAGCAGCGGCUACACUACACUCUCCUCCACCCGUACCGAGGAUAUCAGCUGCCCUCCUUCCACGAUGGAAUGCCAUGCAGAUGAGAUCCUGUGUCAGGCAACAGGAAAUGGAACCAUUGGCUAUACCACCUAUUCUCCAGGAUGCACAGAGGAGGACAGUGGUAUUGGAGACUCGGUUUUACUCCACAUGGAGCAGAAGGACCUUGGAUUGAGCUCUUUUGGGAAUAUUUACACUAACCCAAACUUGACUGGACCUUUUCCCACAAUUGGCAUCCUUCCUGAAGACCAGGUUCAGGGUCCUCCUGACCUCAAUUCAACAAAUAAGGAAGAGAGCCAGGAAAGCCAACCUUUCACCUCGCUCACGCUGCCUUGCAGGAAAUCAGGUGGUGGUGAUGUUAAUUCCAGAAAGGACUCGCUCAAGAGCCGGAUCCGCCGCAUUAGUGACUGGACUGGAAGCCUGAGCAGGAAGAAACGGAGGCUGCAGGACCCCUCAGAGACCUUCAGCAGUGGUGUGGAUGGUCUGGUGAAUGACUCCAGUGUUCAACUGGUGGGUGACCCAUGCUGGAACCUCUUGAACAGCCAGACACACUCAGCCUGCUCUCUGACAGAGCCAUAUACUCAGCAGAGCCAGAACGUCUACGAGAACUUUAUGCAGGAGCUGGAAAUGGGUGAUGCUCUCCAGGAGUGGGAAGAGGUUGAGGGAGAGCAGGCUGAGAGCAGCAGUGGGUCUCUGAGCUCUCUGGAGCAGAUGGAGCUGCUGUUUGAGAAGGAACAGGGGGUGGUGCGGAGGGCAGGGCGACUUGCCUUCAAACCACUCAUCAGCCUGCAUAAAGAGCGCAAACUGGAGCUGGUGGCACGCCGCAGGUGGAGGCAAUAUUGGGUCACGCUUAAAGGCUGCAUGCUCCUACUGAGCGAGGCUGAUGGGAAGAACGGCCCAGAACAGGAAAUGUCCCCACGAUACGUCCUGCUUGCAGAGGACAGUAUUGUCCAGGCCGUCCCUGAACACCCAAAGAAGGAAAAUGUUUUCUGUUUGAGCAAUGCUUACGGCGAUGUCUACCUUUUUCAGGCCUCAAAUCAGACAGAUGUGGAGAACUGGGUAACAGCCAUCCACUCAGCCAGUGCCUCACACUUGGCCAAGCGUCAGGGCAAAGAGGACACAGUGCGACUGCUGAGGAGCCAGAGCAGAGCCCUGCUGCAGAAGAUCGACAUGGACAGCAAAAUGAAGAAAAUGGCUGAGUUGCAGCUGUCUGUCAUUACUGACCAGAAGAACAGGAAGGCAGUGGAGGGGCAGAUCCAGCAGUGGGAGCAAAAUCUGGAGAAGUUCAACAUGGAGCUUUUCCGUAUGCGCUGUUACCUGGCCAGCCUGCAAGGCUCCGAGCAGCCCAAUCCCAAGAACCUGUUAGCUGUCGCUUCACGUCAGUCAAAGAUAGCACUUGGACGUCUAGGAAUUUUCUCUGUCUCGUCUUUCCAUGCUUUGAUGUGCACCCGUGAUGAAGCCAGUCUGAGGAGGCGUUCACGGUCUCAGUCUCGAGCCGCCCGGAGCAAGCGAGGAAUCUUCUCCUCUCAGAAAGGUCUGGACAGCCUGAGUAGACGCAACCAGGAAAAGAGACAGUCUCUGUCCCAGGUAUUUGAUGGACAUUCCAGUGGAACUCGUGGCCAUCCAUCAGCACAGAGCAGUUCAGAGCAGCGACUGGAUGCUUUUCCCAAACUGCAUCCCACAGCGCCACCUGAAGGCAGAGUGUGGGACUGUGGCUUUGAGAGCCUGCUGUGUUUGUCCAUGCCUGACAGGCAGGUCCUCAGUGUUCCUGUCAGACAGAAUUUCCUCGUGGCUGACGCGCUCACUUCAGCCUGCAAGUUGAGGCAGCUGGACCCGUCGCUGUAUUGUCUGCGUGUAAAGAGAUGUUCGGGUCCAGAUGUGGAGAUCAGGACUCCAGCAAACUCAGACUUACUGAGAGACCUGGUUUAUGAUGAACUUGAAGUUUGUCCUCUCAACGUGUUCACCUUAACUAUUUCACGUCCAGAUACCACCAUCGAUUUUGGAUUCGCAGUGACGGGCCACGUGGAUGGUUUAAGGAGGAGUCACAUCUAUGUGAGUGAGGUGAAUCCAGAGGGCCUGGCGUUCACUAAAGGGCUGAAAGCAGGUGAUGAGAUCUUGGUUGUGAACAGUGCCAGCGUAUCUACUCUGGACCUGGGCCUCAUACACACCUUGUUCAGUGAGCAGACGCUGCACCUCGUGCUCCGCCGUGAGGAAAGCGUGUCAGAUGAGCAGGGCAGUGUAUGGCCAGGGUGUGACCCCAGCGCCCCUUACGGACCUGUUCCACCAUCCAGCGCACCCUAUUGCCCUCCUCCUCCCUCACACUUCAGCUCAUCAGAUGGCUCUCAGUUCCUAGAAGUUCCUGGCGAUGCAGCGGUGCCUCUUUCAGGGGACGUCUGUGAUAAGGCUGAGCGGUGCAGAAAGAAUGUGGAGCGAGUGUGCCCACUGUACCAGACCUACUCCGAGAACGAAAGCCUCGCCGCAGAGGGCUACAGGAACCCGUACUCCCCUGAGAGCGGCACUGCAAGGGGCAGCCCACGCCACAUGACCAUCACAGAGAGACUACGUAAGGUCAUCCAGGAGCUCGUGGACACCGAGAAAUCCUACGUGAAGGACCUUGGCUGUCUGUUUGAGAUCUACCUGAAGCCUUUAGAGAAAGAGACGUUCCUCAGCCGUGGAGAGAUGGAGUCUCUGUUCGGCAGCCUGCCGGAGAUGCUGGACUUCCAGAGAGUGUUUCUGCAGACACUGGAAGAGAAAACCAGCUCGUCUCCAGACUUCAUGACACUCCAGACAGUGGAGCAGCUCAAGAAACUGCUUUCCUCACUGGGUGGAUCCUUUCUGUACUACGCUGACCACUUUAAGCUCUACAGCGGCUUCUGUGCCAACCAUAUCAAAGUCCAGAAAGUUCUCGAACGAGCAAAGACAGACAGGGCGUUUAAAGAGUUCCUGGAGGAGAGGAACCCUACCAAACAGCACUCAUCUACGCUGGAAUCCUACCUCAUCAAACCUGUGCAGAGGGUCCUCAAAUAUCCACUGCUGCUCAGAGAACUCGUGUCCCUCACAGACCCUGAGAGCGAGGAGCACUGCCACCUCACAGAUGCGUUGAGGGCCAUGGAGAAGGUGGCCAGCCACAUCAACGAAAUGCAGAAGAUCUAUGAAGAUUACGGCACUGUGUUUGAUCAGCUGGUGGCAGAACAGUGCAGCACCAAGAAGGAGGUAACGGAGAUCUCAAUGGGAGAGUUUAUCGUCCAUGGCUCUGCGCUCUGGCUGAACCCCAUGACCUCACUGGGCCGCAUGAGGAAAGAGCCGGAAUUCACAAUUUUCAUCUUCAAAAGAGCGGUUAUUUUGGUGUAUCGAGAGAACAUCAAGCUAAAGAAAAGGAUGACGGCAUCCCGCUCUGGAGAUCUGGACCCUUUCAAAUUCCGCUGGCUCAUUCCAGCCACGUGUCUACAUCUCCGACCUGGAAACUCAGCAGGAUCUGAGAACCCCUGUCUUUGGGAAUUAGUCCACACCAAGUCUGAGGUGGAAGGAAGACCAGAGACAGUUUUUCAGCUCUGCAGCAGUAGUCCAGACAGUAAGGCCAACAUGGUGAAGGCCAUCCGCUGUGUGCUGAGAGAAAACGCCAAAAGAAUCACUCCAGCCGAAAGGGGCUUCAGAGACAAUCUGACUUUCCCUAGAAGAACCCACCAAGCCACAGUGAGAAGUAGAUCCUGGACGAAGACGCUUCAACCAGAAGAAGGUCGUCUGCUUGGUGGAGACACGCAUUCAGAGCCCGGCAUUCCCAAAAAUGCAUUCCCGUCUCUCGGCUCAGGCAGCAGGUUAGGAUCCUUCACCAGCUCGCUGGAAGCCCAGCUUCAAAGACUGAGCUUCGCGGACGAAGUGCCACAGGAAGCCAAGGGCAGAAACUCGAGUCACAUGACCAUGAUGGAGAACAAUUCUGACAUGGAUGUCAGCUCGCUGCUGGUCAGGGACUACAGUGUGCAGGGUCUGGACUCUGCAGUUAAGGAAGGCAGUUUCUAUGACACCGUCAUGGGGGUCCAGAAAGCUGCCAUUCCCACACUUUAGAGGAAUUUGUAUCUUGGUUGGGUUUAAAGGUCUGGGUGUACUAAAGCUGUUUUUAUUUCAUCAGUUAGUUAUAUGAAAAAGACGUGGACCCCUGAAACAGAAUUUGCACAAUUGUUCACUAAGUCUAGCAACAUAUGUGUUCCAUCACGGGAUUUUUGUACCAGAUGUUCUGUUUACAGAAUGUAUAGAAACGGCGUUGAAAAGUAUGUGAUAUUUUGCACCGUUUUCACUGGCUGAUCCCGUAGGGGUGCUACUGAGGUGAUUAUUCAUUGAUAGUUACUGGAGCAAAAACGGUGCAAAAUAUCGUGUGCUUUUCAGCACCGUUUCUACACAUUCUAUCAACAGAGCAUCUGGUACAAAAAUCCCGUGGCGUGAUAUGUAUACAGUACUUUUUGACAAAAAAAAAACAGUUUAAAUAAAAAUAAUCGUGCAUAGCAAACCAAGGUGGAGAAGUCAGUGUGCAAGGAAUAAAACAUGACCUGGUGUUGUGCAAUAAGACAAAAUAAUCACUAUGGGAUGGUGUGAUGCUGUUAGGAUCCUGAAAUUGAUUUUUUUUUAGUAUAAAUACAGAGGUGAUUAUAGAAAAAUGUGCAUAUGCUAAUUAUUUGAGAGAUUCGAACUAUUUUUUGAUAAUCACCUCGAGCGACUCAGCAAAAUGGCGUCCAAUCGCUUCGUCACCAUAAGUGAGGAAGAAUCACAGAUGAUGAAAGAAAACGCUGUUCCUAAAAGCACUAAAGAUGCUCCGAAGUUUGGUCUAAAACUAUCCAAAGGGAAGGCGGGGUUGAGAUUUAUUUUAUCGAUUUCAGAACAAAGUAUUUUAUGUGACUCGGCGUAGAUCAGUGACACGAGUCUGCGCCGCAAAGUUAUUACACUUACAUGAAGAUUUUGAAGUUUGAAAUAAAUUAUUUUUAACACGAUUUAAAAAAAAAAAAUCACCUGUGUAUUUAUCCUAAAACAGUUGUCCACCUCAUGCUCAGUGAAUAUCGGUGAAUAAUAACUUCAACCUCGACUUCGUUUCUGUUAUUAUUCACCAAUAUUCACCUUGUCUUCGGCAGAUAUUGUUAAAUAAUAACAGCAUGUCCUAAAGUGUUUUAUUCCCCUUAUACCACAGCAAUUUGCCAACAAUUAAAAUUAUCUACUAAUUAACAAACAAGUCGUACUUUUGGACUAUUUUUGGCUGAGCCUUUGGCUGAAGCCUAUAGAAGCGCCUGUCUGUAUGUGUGUUUAAUCGAGUUCAAGCGUGUUUAAGAAUGUAAGAUGGUCAUUGGCGUGCCAGCCUCAGGUAAUGAUUCCACAGUCACAGUGUGCUGCUACUGUGUACUGACUCUGUAAGCAUCAUGUUAUAUAACCUCAAUUCAUGAUGUAAUCCUCUGUGGCUGAGCGGUCUAGCGUGCCGUCCAGGAAGGGAGCAAAUCAUACAAUGUUGGUUUGAAUCCUGGCAUCAAUGUAUUUCUGAGCAGGCUAUUUUUUUCUAUUUAUGUACCAUAGCUUCUAUCUCCCAAUCAGACGAAGGCUGAGCUCAGACCUGCACAGGUCUCUAGUUUAGACCUCUUUCAGGGUCACUCUUUGUCGGAGCAAAGACUAAAGAUAAUAUUACAUGGUUGAUUUUACCAGAACGUCAAGACUAGAACAAGACUGACUUCACACAGAUCUCCUGACCAUCUUACACCAAACGAUCGGGACUUUAUUCCGACAUUGGAAAUUUGUCGGUGAUAGUGAAAUCUCUUGUAAAGUUAUUUGGUGCAAGAUCAGGAUUACUAAAUGUAAUGUUAAAGGCUUUGUACAUGAACUCUCCAACUAUUGCGUUUUCUCAUUGAACGCAUCACGGGUGUUUUGGAGGCGUGGCUUCGGAUGGAUGGAAUCGAUGCCUUUCAGCUUAGCCAAGAUUGAUAUUUAGUUCAGUUUACUCAAUUCAAAAUGCAAAAAUCACUGUUUUUUUAGGACUGAGUAAGCAUUAGAUAAAUGAUGAAAUAAAAACAGCUUGGUCGUAAACUCCGACCUGUGGCUGACUGUACAGCGCCUGAGAGUGAUCAGCGACUGUGUGUGAACUUGCUGCCUUUGGUUCUAAAUGCUGCAGUCACACGUUGCCUUCUCUUAUUAAUGCUCUUUCUGGACUGAGACUCAGACCACAUGUGUGUCUCCCUGUUUGUGGAUAUUGUUCUAUAUCUGUACCUCUCUUUUUUUUUGACAAAAGCUUUUCUCAGUUCAGUACAAGAACAGCUUGAUUUGAUGUUUUUUUACGAACUUGAACAAGAAAAAUCUUUAAACAAAGAUUUCUUAAGUUAAAAUUAUUGCAAUACAUGUCUUUGUGGUUUAUAUGAAUUUACUGUAUUUAAAGUACCUCUGGAAACGUCUUUUGUAGUCUGAUGUAAUUUAUUUGUAAAUUAUAUAUUCACUA